AUGACAUUGCAUCCUUCAUCCAACACUUCUGCAUAUCUGCUUUCCACAGCUCACAUUCCUCCAGAAAAUGAGUCUGAGCCACAUGGAAAGUAUGCCUUUAAGCCAGUCAGAUCGCCAAGGAGCACAGAGAUCAUCCUGGAAGCCAUGGCUCAUCUGCUCAGCAAUAAUUCUCUUGCUAUUGUGUAGCUUUUCACAGGCAAUUGUUCUUUUCCUUCCACAGCAGACUGCUAAAGAGGCCUGUGUAGCAAAGUUUGGACCAUUUCCUGCAAAAUGGCGAAUGACAUCCCCGGAGCCUCCUUGUGUGAAUAAGACAUCUGAUGGGAAGCUAAAGGUCCUUCAGAAUGGCUUGUACUUGAUUUUUGGAAGAGUGGCUUUUGAUACAACAUACCAGGGAUCUGUUCCUCUCGCAAUACAGCUACGCAGGAAUGAAGACAUCUUGGAAACUCUUACAAGCAACUCUCAAAUUCAGAUACUAACUGAGACUCAUGAGUUGCAUGCUGGAGAUACAAUAGACUUGAUAUUCAACAGUGAAGACCAGGUUCUAAAAAAUGAUACAUACUGGGGAGUCCUUUUAGAAGCACGCCUCCCAUUUGUCUAG